AGCCCUUCACUGCUAUAUCACAAAUUAGUACAAGACAAGAUCUUGUGUUAGGGUUUAGGGUUAGUAUUACCUGAAAUUGUCUGAGUUCAAGCGGGCUGCUACAUCUAGGCUCCCGAGCAUGAGAAGUCCUUGGAUGGCAUGGCAGUGGCCAUGCCUGGUCGUGGUGGCAUUAUGCUUGAUUGCCACCACUGCCAUGGCGGAUGAUGAUAAGGAUAAGCCCUAUGUUUAUGCUUCCCCUCCUCCACCUUACUACUACAAUUCACCUCCGCCACCUUCACCUUUGCCUCCACCACCUUAUUAUUACAAAUCUCCACCACCACCAUCACCGUCGCCUCCUCCUCCGUACUACUACAAGUCCCCACCACCUCCAUCACCAUCUCCACCUCCACCAUACUACUAUAAAUCGCCACCUCCACCAUCUCCAUCACCACCUCCGCCCUAUUACUACAAAUCACCGCCACCUCCGUCUCCAUCACCACCACCUCCUUACUACUAUAAAUCUCCACCCCCACCAUCCCCUUCCCCACCUCCUCCAUAUUACUACAAGUCUCCUCCACCCCCAUCGCCGUCGCCUCCCCCUCCUUACUACUACAAAUCCCCACCACCUCCAUCACCAUCGCCACCUCCUCCAUACUACUACAAAUCUCCACCUCCUCCAUCCCCGUCCCCUCCCCCUCCAUACUACUACAAAUCUCCGCCUCCGCCGUCACCGUCACCUCCCCCUCCUUACUACUACAAAUCUCCGCCUCCGCCGUCACCGUCACCUCCCCCUCCUUACUACUACAAGUCUCCUCCACCCCCAUCUCCAUCACCUCCCCCACCCUACUACUACAAAUCACCGCCUCCACCUUCACCAUCACCUCCACCUCCCUACUACUACAAAUCACCACCUCCACCAUCCCCAUCGCCGCCGCCUCCUUACUACUAUAAAUCGCCACCUCCUCCAUCACCAUCCCCACCACCUCCCUACUACUACAAAUCGCCACCUCCUCCAUCGCCAUCUCCACCUCCACCAUACUACUACAAGUCACCGCCUCCACCAUCACCAUCCCCACCUCCUCCCUACUACUACAAGUCACCUCCUCCGCCAUCACCAUCCCCUCCUCCUCCCUACUACUAUAAAUCACCACCCCCACCAUCACCAUCACCACCUCCUCCAUACUACUACAAGUCACCACCUCCACCUUCCCCAUCCCCACCUCCUCCAUACUACUACAAAUCCCCUCCACCACCAUCUCCAUCCCCACCUCCUCCAUACUACUACAGUUCCCCUCCACCACCAUCUCCAUCUCCACCUCCUCCGCACUAUUAGUAGCCCCAUUUCAUUGGCUACGUAGAAAGGUCGAGAGAAUAACAGAAAUUUCAAAGGAGAGCUUUUGAGGCUGUCUUCCGAGAAAGCCAUCAGCUAUAUAUUUUACUCGAUACGUUGGAAAAAUAAAGGAAUUCGAUAUUGCCAUGCUUUACAAUUUCAUUCAUAUGUAACGUACAUAAGCUAUACUACAGUGAAAUUUGUUAUGUUGCGGGGCCACACGUUUGAUUUAUAUUUCAGAACGUGUGUUCCUUUUCUGAAUGAAAAGAUCUCUCGUACUGAGGUUCUCAGUUCAUCU